UACGGUUGUGGACACUAUCGUUGCCUUGCCAUGUUUACUUUUAGUGCACGAUAUCUAUAAUUAAUGUUUCUCUACUGAUAUGGAAUAUUGUUUUUUCAGAGCACCUGAUUUUGGAGACCGAUCCAGAGAAAGGAAAAGGAGAGUAUGCAUUCGACAAUGCUGGUUUUAAAGGGACCAGGACCGACAAAACUUACAAUGACUAUAAAAAAGAAAACAUAAAGACGCAGAAAAUGAUACUGGAAGGGAAAAAACAUGGGGAAGAUUUUGGGACUAAGAUGGAACAAGACAGCAGAGGAAACCAAAAACUAUUUUAUAGAGUUUUGGAAACUUUAAGAAACCCUAAACAGUAUAAUCUCAGGCAUAUCAAAGACAAGCAUAACCAAAACAUUACGGAGCCUAAAAAGAGGCAAGGUGGAGACAGCACUUUGAAGAGCUCUUGA